UUUUUUUUUUUUUUUUUUUUUUUUUUUUGAGAUGGAGUCUCGCUCUGUGGCCCAGGCUGGAGUGCAGUGGCGCUAUCUCGGCUCACUGCAAGCUCCGCCUCCCAGGUUCAUGCCAUUCUCCUGCCUCAGCCUCCCAAGUAGCUGGGACUACAGGCAGUCUUCUUAACAAGCAUAUCAAUUUGGCCCUAAUCUACUUGCCUUGGAACUAUGCAGCCUAAUGCUCUAUGAUCAUUACCCACACUUCUGGCUAAAAGCACCCUUAUAAGCUCUAAUUGCCCACAACCUUUUAGAACUCUGCAGGCAGCUCCACAAGUACUAAUGUCUGCCAAUUCCUCCUAUGCCUCAACCCAGCUGUGCAUGAAUUCCAUUCAGGGUAAAAAUGGCCUACUUGGCCACAAUACAAGAAUGGGCAACUACUCAAGCCCAACUUAGUUUCACUUACCAUUGGGACCUCUUCAUACAAAACCUUCCCCCUGCUAACAUACUAUUUCUAACCCAGGCUAAAGAGGCCUUUGAAGAUUUUCUUAAGCCCAACCCCAUUGUUUUAAGCCCCUUGUUCUCCCCUGUAACCCUCAUUGGCCAGGCAUCUCUGUGCAUCUAUGCUACCAUCAAUUCCAGAACUCUUAUGGGUGGGUGCUCUUGACCCAGCAUAAUGCAACACAUCCAGCACCACUAUUAAUACCCCACAAGCUUUUUUAACUUUCAUUAAAUAUUCCCGAUACCAAAUGAGAUUCUCUACUUAUCACCCCCAAUAUUUUAACUCCUGAACCAUGUAUCCAAAAUGAUGCCACUGAAUUCUACCUCAAUCACUCCUCUUGCAGUCAAUCCAACCCAUGGUAUCAACCAAGCCAGUAUGAAUUAUGCAAUAGGUUUCAAGUCUUUUAUUCCUUUCAGAAAACCCUUCUCCCAGAUACUACUAGACACAUGAUUUUGUAGAAAAAUAGACUCAUUCUCUUAUUCAAACUAAUCACCCAUGUCUAACUCUCUAGACAGCAGCAACUUUAGUGGCAGAAUAUCAGAUACUGGACAGCCAAAAUGGACACUUGUCAAUGUUUGGAGCUGACCUCAACUCUUUCUGCAUUCAUUCUUGUUUAUGGAGUGCGGAACUUUACUUCCUAUGGAAGAUGCAGGCUCAUCUCUGCCUCUCUGCAAAUUGGACCAGAACAUACACUCUGGCUUACCUCAUCCCUAAAAUUUCCAUUGUUCUGGGUGAUGCUUCUCUGCUGUUACCCUUAUUUACUACCUCACACCAGAUCAGCUCAGAAGUUUAUCUAAUUUCCUUCCACAAUGAGCUUGUCAUCACAAGUGCCACCACAGGAAUAGCUGUCAUUGUUAUUGCCUCCUCAACUUUCCACAACCCAUCUCUGGAACUGACUCAUAAAAUAGAAACCACUGCUCAAACUCUAACAGAGUUACAGCAACAGGUUUAUUAUCUUAUGGCUGUAGUUCUCCAGAAAUUGUAGAGAUCUUGACACACUGACUGCAGCUCAGGAAUAAAUUUGCCUUAUGCUAGGAGAAAAAUGUUUCUGGGUUAACAGAUUAAGGCAAGUCCAGAAUCGUGAGAGAUUUUAUACACCAGGCCUCUUCCCUUCAGAAACAUGCCACUUAGGUCUAGUUCUCCUGGGGUGCCACCUGGUCCCAGACCUCAUGACAUCUCAUUUUGUUGGGAUCCCUGGCCUUUGUCUUCCUUUUUCUCCUUUUUGGGCCUUGCUCACUAAAUCUACUAACCAGAUUUGUUCCUUCUCACCUAGAAACUCUCAGAGUUCAAAUGGUCCUCUAACAGGAAUAUUAACCUACUUUUUUCCCUGCUGGAAAACUGUGUCCCUACACAUUUUCUCUGGAGACUGCAAGUCAAACCUGAGAGAACAUGGAGGAUAUCUUUCCCUGACAAAGAACAAAACAAUGAGACACUGAUGAGUUCUUUAUCUCAUGUCAGCAGGAAGCAGUUACGGAAGACCCACAGUGCCCCUAAACUCAAAGAUUUUUAGGGUCUCAAUCUAUUGAGGGGAGAAUGUUAGAGUAGGCAGUUAGACAUGAGCAGAAAAAAAAAGCCCCUGGGGGAGGAAAAUCUCAUGCUCCAAAGACAACCCGAAACAUGUAUGCUAAAUUGAGCAGAGAGGACGGGAAAUACCUAUGAAGAAAGAAUACCCUGAAACACCCCUUAAGACACCCAGUAAUUGCUCAUACUGUGGUUAAACUGUCAGAAUAUAGCUAGUACAUGCUGACAUGUAUACAUCUUUGCAUACACAGAUACCUGAAAAUGGGAUUGCUGGAUUGUAUGAUAAUUUCUUUUUUUUUUUUUUUUUUUGAGACAGGAUCUGUUUUUGUCACCCAGGCUGGAGUGCAGUGGUGCAAUAAUGGCUCACUGCAGCCUUGACAUCCCGGGCUCAAACAAUCCUCCCAUCUCAGCCAGCCAAGUAGCUGGGACUACAGGUACAUGUCACUACACCUGGCUAAUUUUUGUAUUUUUUGUAGAGGUGGGGUCUCACUAUUUUUCCCAGGCUGGACUCAAACUUCUGAGCUCAGAUAAUUCUCUCACCUCAGCCUCCCAAAGUGUUAGAAUUAUAGGCAUGAUCCACCACACCCAGCCAUAUUUGAUUUUUAAUAUCUUGGGAAACCUCUAUCCUAAUUUUCUUGGAGACUGCAUUAUUCUCUUCUACCAACAGUGCAUGGGGGUUCCAAAUGCUCUGCAUCCUUGACAACAUUGAUUCCUUUUGUGUGUUGAAUAGUGGCCAUGCUAAUGGGUGAGAGGUAAGAGCUCACUGGGAUUUUGCUUUGCAUUUCUCCCAAAAAAAUAAUUUUGAUGAUCCUUUCAAAUGCCUCUUGGCCAUUUGCAUAGCCUUUUUAAAGAAAUGUCUUUGGAGACCUUGGUUCAUUUUAUUAAAAAUCAAGAUAUUCACUAUUGGUUGUUGUGUUUUAGAAGUCAUUUAUACAUAAGGGAUGUUAAUUCCUGUCGAAUAGAUUACUUGCAAUUUCUUCCCCAUCUCCUGGUUGGCAUUUGUACUCCACUAAGUGUUUCCCUUGAUGUGCAGAAGGUUUUGAAAGUUUGAUAUAGUACCAUUUUUUAUUCUUUUCUUGAUACUUCUGCUUUUAAUGUAAUACUCAAAAAAUUUGUGAAAAUUAAUGUUAUUAUGCUCCUCCCUAUUUUUCUGAACGUUGAAGAGAUAUAUGUCUCACAUUUAGGUAUUUGGUCUGUGUAAAAUAUUUUCUUUGCAUGCUAUCAAAGGGAAAGGUCCAAGUUCAUUAUCUUCUAUUUAGGUGUUGAAUUUUUUCACAUCAUUUGUUGGAGAGUCUGACCUUUUCUUCACUGUUUGGUCAUGAUAACCUAGUAAAAAAUUAUUUGAUAAUAUUCCCAAAAGUUUAUUUCUUGGUUCUCUGUUCUGUUCCAUCAACCAUUUGUUUGUCUUUAUGCCAAUAUCACAAUGGUUUUAUUUUUGUAGCUUUGGAAUAGGUUUUGACAUCAUGAGAUGUGGUACCUCUAACUUUGUUUUUUUCUAAAGCUGUGUUGGCUAUUCAUGGUCCCUUGUGAUUACAUAUGAAUUUUAGGAUUUUAUCAAAUAUCUCUAUAAGAGAAGUAACAUUGGAAUUUUAAUAAGGCUGACAUGGAAUUUGUGCAUCACUGAGUAGUAUUGACAGCUUAACAAUACUAAGUCUCCUGACUGAGAAAUGUAUGUGUAUGUUUAUGUCUGUGUUUGUGAAUGUUUGGAAUUGCAUCAGAGAUCAUGUAAGGUGAAGAGAAAGAGUACAAAGUGUUUCUAUGGCCUGUCUCUGGACUCCUGCACAUUCCGAACCAUGGAAGGUCACUACAGGAAAAGAUAUCUUCAUUAAAGUGCAACAGCACACUGAGAGCAACACACCACCACAGCAGUUAAUUUUGGAAAGGCUGCUGUAAGCUCCACUAGUGACUGACAUUUUACAGAAGACAGAUUGAAGCAAGCAGCAACAUUGAAUGCUUUAUCAGGGCAAUUGCUGAAGGUUUCUCUCUGGAUCUGGAUGAAUCAUAAAUUUGGGCAACUCUGUAAAUUCUUGGAAAAGCCUAUGUGGUAUCUGAGGUAAUCUUUUCUACCUGAUUCCAUGCCACUGGUCUCCAUUCCUGGGAAGAGAUUCAGCACCAGCAGCACAUACCACUGUGAGGGUCAUGGGACGAGAGCCUGAACCUGGCUGAACUGAGAAGACCACCACACCAGCACCAAAGAGCAACUAGGAGACCGUGAUAUUCACGUGGACACUCUCAGCUUGCAGCCUCUGCUCUCUCUAGGGGCACUGUCCCACCCACCCUUGAGCCUGAGAAGAAAAGUUGGUAGAGGUGUUGUUCCCUCACUUCCAACAGAAAAGAGGUGUCCAGGCCCUCAAUUCCCUGAGGUUAGAGCCCUCAUGGCUGCACUCAAUGUGGUGGCCACCUGCCAUAUGUAGCUACUGAGUACCUGGAAUGUGGCUGGUUUGAAGUAAUAUGUGCUGCAAACAAAAAAUGCACGGUGAGUUUAGAAGAAUUAGACCAGAAAUAUACUUUAUUUCUAAUUAUAUAUUGAUCAUGUAUUAAAACAAUAAUAUUUUGGAUACAAUAGGUUACAAUUAUCAUAAACAAUUUCACUUGUUUAUUUUUAUUAGUUUGGAUGUGGCCAAUAAAAAAUUGUAAAUUCACAAAUAGCCAACAUUUUAUUUUUUAGAGACUUGCUUCUCUCUUCAAAUCUCAGGUGUCCUACUCAAAAGACCAGAGGCCAGAAAGGUUAUGAGAUCUAAAAUUUUAAAAUAAUUGUGAUUAUAUUGUUUCCGUUUGUGAACAAGUGUGUGUCUGUGUGUGCGUGCGCGUGCGUGCACAAUUUAUAAACGGACGUAACCUCACACAACAGAAGUUUAAAAAUGAACCCCCAACAGAGCCAGGCCUAGCACAGAAAGAAAGCCCUGCCUGAAAGUACCUGGAGACACGAGUCUGUCAGUCUUGCCUCAUUAAGUGUAUGGUCGAAUUUCUGUCACUCGAAUUCUGUCACUCAAAGCUUGAGGGCGUAGAGCUAGUAGUUGUAUCCAAUGAGGGCGCUGGACUGAGAACUGCCCAAUCAGGCAAAGGAGGGGGCGGCAUCCGGGAUCUGGCGCCGCUUUUGCGUCAGGCUUCUGCCUGAGCUCGGUUAGGGCCUCACCGACCUGCUUCCACCCCUCAGGGAGGCCUCAGUGAUUCAGCCACAGCCUCAGCCUCCGUCGCUCUGUGACCUGCGGGUAUUGGAUGAUUCGUAGCUAAGACUCUACGACAUCCCUGAAGUCGGGAAAUGGUCUCCUCCCGGGUAGAGAGGGCACUGAGAACUUGGAGGAAAGGAGUUCUGAGAAACAUCCCUUCCCCGCACCCUGCUGCCGGCUGCCACCCAAUGUUAACCCGCUCCUGAGCACGCCCACUGGGCAUUCGCAUGGCCACACGCGUCCUAGGACAGGGUUCUACCCUCAGGAAUUGUGGCCAUGGCAGCUUUGCUCCUACAGUUUUCUCCUAAGAAUACACACAGUGCCCAGAAGACUCCACGCUCAUCUCAACCCCAGAUCUGCAGCAGGAAUCUGUUUUCUUCACCUACCCAGGCUUCUGGACCACCUGAUCCUAAUCUCCUCUGCCUUCAUGGACUCAGGAAUCAGUCAGAGCGUAGCCUUGCCUGGGCCUGUACCUGUAGCACAAACCAGUCCUUUCAUCAAUCCUGCCCUGCCCCCACCCAAGGCUCUUGAUAGCUCCUUUCUCUCUUAUGCUCUUUUCUUACCCACAAAUCCUCUUUCCUGUGCACACAGUUUGCUCAAGUGCAUCCCUCAUGUGCUACAAGAAUUCAGACGUUAGUGAGUUCAAGACCAUGCCUUUAGACCUGCCUGUUGUAGGACCAAAUACAAAUUAGAAGAGGCUUAAUGCUUUCUCUUUAGAAUGAGGGAAGAAUUUUUGCUCUUCUCCCUUUUCUUAAAGCAUUUAGUUUGAAAACUUUUAUAUUUAAACAUUUUCUCUGCUUCUUUGAAAAAUAUGUAAAUCAUUUUUGUCAGUUAACUAGGUCAUUUGUCUUUUUUGACUCAAAACUGUCUUUAGGACCUGAGAACUAUUGCUAGGAAAUGCGAAUAGCAAGAAUAUACACCCUAUGCCACAGUUUCUGUAGGCGAGUAGGAGGCUGCCUUCAGCAGGUACCUGGCUCCACAUUUCAAAACUAUGUCCUAUCAUGAAGAUAUGGGAAGUGUUUGUUUUUUUGUUGUUGUUUGUUUUUAGUAUUACCAAUUAGAAAACCCAGAUGACCUCCCAAAUUAGUUGACGUUAUUAUAAACUGUGUAUGACAAAUGGUGCUGUCAUGUCUUGUACUUGAGUACUAACGGUGACGUUCUUUCUGUAUUUGCAAUCUAUUAGUAGAUUGCCUGUGAUGUACAUCAUAUUUUGGUUUAAUUAAAUAACAAAUCAUUAUCUUGCUCUAAUAUUAUUGUGGAGAGUAUUUUAGGAUUGGAGAUGAUUUUGCUUUUAGUUACAUUUUCCAAACACUGUCCAGAAUUACCAGAUGGUAUACACAAAGUGCCCACCAGGCUUCCCUUUAGAGAAAACCUUCCUUCUAAGGAUUCCAGCCACAAUCCACAAUUUUGUGGCAAACUGCAGCAAAGUGCUCCACAAAUCUGCAAACAAAAAGGUCUCUCUAUUUGGGAUCUACAGUCAUUUCUAGAGCAGUUAGACUAUAUUUCUACAAAAAUAACUUUUCAGGACAGCCAUCAGUUAUUCCACUUCCGUCUGUGCUCCUGGCAUCUUCAGAUCUGACACUGGUUCAGACAUCAUGGGGCCCAUACACCCAACCAGGAUCACACAUGUGCAUUGAUUAAACCUGAUAACUUCAAUUCUGUCCCUUCUCCCCUUGCCCAAAUGCCCACAAAUGUCCAUAGCUCACCAGCCCUCCAGGACCUAAAUGUGCAGUUCCAAAUUCUGAAUUUAUGUCCUGGGAUUUGAGAGAAAAACAGCACUUUUAUCUGAGAAAUACAAGUUCUUUUAAUUAUCAGACCCAGAGACUUGUUAAAAUGAGACUACAGUCCUACUGUUCCCCUCUUUGAACUAUUUGUUUUUUGAAAUUCCUUGCUAUUGCCAUCAGUGGCUAUAAAGUAACCUAAUAAUACCACAAUGGACACUAUAACCCACACUCUGUGGCUUAACAUAUAUAGCCAGCCACUAACCAAUUUUAAUUCUAUAAAUCAAUAGGAAUGUCUAACAACUUUGUAUCAGUCUCCUCUCUGCCUUCUUUUUUGCCUUUAAAAAUACACUUGUAACUGCUUCUAAUUGGAGUGUACAUUCAGGGCAGCUAUAUACCCCAAGGUUGCAAUCUUCAAGCUUUGGCCCAAAUAAACUCUACUUAUUUACCCCAGCUUUUUCCUUUUAGGUCGAAAUAUUCUUCAGAAUGUGUUGAAGGAUCCUCCGUGAGAGGUUCUCUCUGGUUUUACUCUGUUUGCUGUAAUCCCCAAGAAUGCAGAGGCGCAUUGAUCCCACCUAGCAUCUGCACAUAAAAGCUGGCUUCUGCCUAGGAGUCACAAGACAGGGCCAGAUUUUGGGUUGAAGACAUACAGAAAACUCACAGAAGGCAUUUUCUGCAUCAUGAAAAGUCAACAUAGUCUUCUUAAACCCCACUUUCAGAGUGGAGUCUUUGAGUUUUCCAGGUCUUGUCACCUGUGUGAGAGGCUUCUGGUGUGAACAGAAUCCUGUGGCAGAAUCUGUAGGUGUAUAACACGCACCUUAGCAGUGAGAGGUCAGGGCCACAAAAUAUCCAGAGCCAUAAUCACAACCGUAAUCACAAGUAUGCCAUCCUGUAUACUGGGGUACUGGAGUACUUUCAUCUUUCCUCUUGUCUCAGAGUUAGCUGAUCAGGGACAGUGCACAUCACAUCUGGAUCCAGGAUCUGCAGCUCUACCAGGGCAGUUCUGUUUUCUGUUUGCACUCCAGAAAGUCAGCCUCAGUCUCUCCUGCCUGGAUCACUAUGGGGGGCUUCAGCCCAGGGUCACUGAGGACACUCUCACCAGCAUCAACUUACUCAGACGUUUCCAUCAUCUCCAGCCUCUGUAACCUUUGAAGGGCCUGCAGAGAAUGCCAUGUUUCAGGAUGACGAUUGGUGGUCUUCAGAUGAAAAGUAUUUGUGUUGGGGAACUCUUAACAUUCAGGGAUGUGGCCAUAGAAUUCUCCCCAGAAGAGUGGAAAUGUCUGGAUCCUGCCCAGCAGAAUGUAUAUAGAGAUGUGAUGUUGGAGAACUAUAGAAACCUGGUCUCCCUGGGUGUUGCUCUCUUUAACUCAGACCUGAUCACCUGUUUGGAGCAAAGAAAAGAGCCCUUUAAUGGGAAGACACAUGAGACAGUAGCCAAAGCCCCAGGUAGGUGAGAGUAAAUGAAGGAGAGGACACAGGCAAGGGGACCAAAGGUGAUGAAGGAAGUCAGGCCUUAAAAUGUAGUUUGGAAAGCACUUCUUCAAUGCAAAUAAUUUCUGAAAAGGCUGCAUUUUUUCUCAUGUUCACAAAUAGGGGCAUCUUCAGCCCCAUGCUGUUAAAUCUUCUAAAAAUUCUCUUUUUUCUUUUUUUUGAGAUGGAGUCUUGCUCUGUCACCCAGACUGGAGUACAGUGGUGUGAUCUCGGCUCACUGCAGCCUGUGCCUCCCAGGUUCCAGCAAUUCUCCUGCCUCAGCCUCCUGGGUGACUGGGAUUACAGGCAUCUGCCAAUACACCUAGCUAAUUUUUGUAUUUUUAGUAGAGACAGGGUUUUGCCAUGUUGGCCAGGCUGGUCUCAAACUCCUGACUUUAGGUGAUCCACCUGCCUCGGCCUCCCAAAAUGCAGGGAUUACAGGCAUGAGCCACUACACCCAGCCCUCUUUUUUCUUUAGAGAUCUCCCUUCAAGUUUACAGGGAUAGCCAAUGUCUACUUUACCACUUAUAAGGGGCUGCAUGAUCUCACUGCUGUUCCAUUGCUUUUGGAAAUAUAGGAAUAAUUGUGUUAUUGAGGAGCUCUAUGUUAAUGUAUUUUUUUCAAAUAUUGAUUUUGUAUCAUGCCUAAAUAUGUAAGGCAAGUAGUGGACAUAUUGGAAUUUGGUUCAGAAAUCCCAGGAACACUAGGGACAGAUGUUGCACCUUUUCUGCUUAGUGAUUUUUAAUCCUAUUGCAAAUGUAAUUCUACAAAAAUUCUUUCUUAGCAAUUUUAUAAGAAUGAUAAGCAUUUUCCUAAAUAUGAAAAAUGUAUUGUUGAUUGUACUUCAAAAUGUUAUUGAUUUAGUAUAAACUGAGAUUUGUAAUUUAAACUCUAGAUGUGUAAAUUUUCAAAUUAUAAUAUAGUUUAAAGCAUGGUUUUCCAACCUUUUGGCUUCCCUGGGCCACAUUGGAAGCAGAAUUAUCUUGGGCCACACAUAAAAUACACUAACACUAAUGAUAACUGAUGAACUGUAAAAAAAAAAUUUCAUAAAUAAUUUUUAUGAUAGCUACUGCAACAGAUAAGUGAAAUGUUCUUACAUUCAUAGCAUUGGGCACCACUUGAUUAAAGUAUCUACUCACCUUCAAGAUUUCUUAAAUGCACUGUCAUUAACUAGCUUAGAACACUGCUAAGUGUAUAUUAUUAUUUCUUAAUAACUAUUAUCUUAUACUUUUAGUAAGAAGCCUACUGGGGGCCAGGCGCAGUGGCUCACGCCUGUAAUCCCAGCACUUUGGGAGGCUGAAGUGGGUGGAUCACCUGAGGUCAGGAGUUCAAGACCAGCCUGGCCAACAUGGCAAAACCCCAUCUCUACUAAAAUUGCAAAAAUUAGCUGGGCGUGGUGGCAGGCACCUGUAAUCCCAGCUACUCGGGAGGCUGAGGUGGGAGAAUCGCUGAACCCGGGAGGCCGAGGUUGCAGUGAGCCGAGAUGGCGCCAUUGCACUCCAGCCUGGGCAACAGAGUGAGACUCCGUCUCAAAAAAAAAAAAAAAAAAGAAGCCUACUGGGAUUCCAUCAUUGAGAUCUAUUGAUAUCUAUAUAAAAAUGUGGGUCUCACACAUACACCCACCCAUAUAAGUUAUAUAUGUGUAUUGUAAAUUCUCACUUAACAUUGUUGAUAGUUUCAUGGAAACUGUAAGUGAAGCAACAUAUUGUUUAAGAAAACUAAUUUUGGCUCAGCACGGUGGCUCACACCUGUAAUCCCAGAACUUUGGGAGACCGAGGUGGGUGGAUCAUGAGGUUAGGAGUUUGAGACCAGCGUGGCCAACAUGGUGAAACCCCAUCUGUACUAAAGAUACAAAAAAUUAGCCGGGUGUGGUGGCAUGCACCUGUAAUCCCAGCUACUCAGGAGGCUGAGGCAGGAGAAUCGCUUAAACCCAGAGGCAGAAUUACUAUAGUUGAAUUGAUAGAAACAAGGGUUAUGUUUGAAUGUCAUAUAGCGACAUUGUUUUAUUUAAAGACGCAGUUUUCAAGAACCUAUUUUGAACAUUGAAUACUUACUGUACAUCUGUGUUUGUGUGACAUGGAUUUUUCUGAUAAAUAAAAAUGGUAUAACUAUAUAUUUAAUGUAUACAAUGUAAUGAUUUGAUAUGCAUGUACACUGUGAAACAAAAUACAGUCAAGUUGAUGAGCACAUCUAGUACCUCAAUUUUUUUUGGAGUAAGAACACUUAAGAUCUACUGUAGUAGUAAAUUGUAAGCAUACAUUACAGUAUUACUAACUAUAAACACAAUGCUAUUUGGCUAAUCUAAUGCUAAUUUACAUUAGAUUUCUCAGACUUACUCAACUUAUAACUAAAAAUUUGUACUCUUUGAACAUCUCCUCAUAUUUCUACCCUCAGGCACUAGCAACCACCAUUUUAUACUCUGCUUCUAUGAGUGUACUUUUUUAGAUUUCUCAUCUAACUUAAAACAAGGAGUUUCUUUGUCUUUCUGUGUUUGGCUUAUUUCAUUUAGCAUAAUGUCCUCCAGGUCUAUCCAUGUUGUAAAUGACUAGAUUUCCUUCUCUUCUGGCGGAAUAGUAUUCUACUGUCUGUAUAUAGACACACACAUACUAUAUUUUGGCUAUUGUAAACAAUACUACAGUGAACAUAGGGCUGAAGAUCUUUCUUCAAGGUACAAAUUUUAUUUCCUUUGGUAGGAUGCCCAGAAGUGGUAUUGCUGGGUUGUAUGAUAUUUCCAUUUUUAUUUUUUACUGUUUUUUAUGACGACUUUAUUUAUUUACAUCUCACCAACAGCAUACCGAUUUCCCUUAUAUGUAUGGUUUGUCUAUUUUUGAAUGGGUUAUUAUUAUUGUUUUGCUUUGAAUUGCAGAAGUGUCUUAUACAUUUUGGAUAUGAACUUCUUAUUAGAUAUAUGGCUUGCAAAUAAUUUCCUAUGUUGUAGGGUUAAAAAAAUUUUUUUUCUUUGCUGUGUGUAAGCUGUUCAAUUUGAUGCAGUCCCAUUUGUUUGUAUUUUUUGUUGCUGUGCUUUUGAUGUCAUAUCAAAAAAGUUAUUGCCAAGACCAAUAUUAACAAGGUUUUUUUUUUAUAUAUAUGUUUUCUUCAGGAGUUUUAAGGUUUUAUGUCUUACAUUUAAGUGUUUCAUUUUGAGUUAAUUUCGGGGUAUGGUAUAAGAAAAUAUUCUACUUUUAUUCUUUCACUUGUGGAUACCCAGUUUUUCUGGCACCAUGUAUCAACAAGACUGUAUUUUCUGCAUUGUAUAUUCUUGGUGGCCUUUUCAAAGAUUAGUUGACCUUGUAUUCUGGUUUUGUUUCUGGGCUCCCUAUUCUGUUCCAUUGGCUUUUGUAUCUGUUUUUAUGCACAUACCAUACUCUUGAUUACUAUAACCUUUAAAUAAAAUUUGAAAUUAAAGAGUAUGAUGCCCCAGCGUUGUUCUUUCUCAAGAUUGCUCAGGUUAUUUAAAGUUCUUUAAGCUUACACUUAAAUUUUACAAUUGUGUUUUCUAUUACUGUGAAAAAUGCCCCUAAAACUUUGAUAGGGAUCACAUUGAAUCUAGAGAUCAUUUUGGAUAAUAUGAUACUUUGACAGUGUUAGUUAUCCUAAUGGAAUAUAUUUCCUUUAUUUGUGUCUACUUCAAUUUGUCAUCAAUCUUAUUGUAUUUAAUGUAUAAUUUUUUUACUUCAUUGGUUAAAUUUAUUUUAAUUAAAUUUCUUAUUUUUAUACUAUUGCAAAUAGAAAUUGUUUCUUUUUUUGGAAAGUUUGUUGCUACUGUAUGGAAAUGGAACAAAUAUUUGUAUGUUGGGCCAGGUGCAGUGUCUCAUUUCUGUAAUCCCUACACUUUCAGAGUCCAAGGCAGGUGGAUGACUUGAGGACAGGAGUUUGAGAUGAGUCUGGGCAACACAGUGAGACCAUGUCUCAAAAAAAAAAAAAAAAAAAAACCCACAAGUAUUUGUAUGUUGAUUAUGUAUCCUGAUACUUUAAUGAAUGCAUUUAUUAGUUCAAACAAUUUUUCUUGUUUUACUCUAGGGUUUUAUAUAUAUAUGCAUGAUCAUAUUAUCUACAAACAGUAACAUUUUUACUUCUUUUCCAAGCUGGAGAGCUUUGUUGUCCUUUUCCUUGCCCAAUUGUUCUGAAAGAAACUUCCAGUAACAUGUUAAGAUAGAAGCUGUGGCCCUGCAGACAGGCCUGCAUAUCUUGGCCUCAGCUGUAGUCUCUGAAGCAGCCCUGUGUCUGUACAUUUGAAGGAUCUAACAAUGAUUACAGUUUCUAUAAACUAUUUUUGACAGGUAAAGAUCUCCCAUUUGUUUGGUCCACAGGUUGAUGAGAUUACCUCUGGGGUUGCAGAGAAAAAGGAUUGUAGCUGGGUCACAAGGGUGCUGCUGGGUCUGCUGUGGGGUCUGCCUUUGAUCGUUGUGUUACCAGAUAUUUGGACAGUCAUGGAUUCUUUCUGGGCCAUGGAAACAUUAAAUAUCCUUGAGGACAUUAUAUGGCAGGCAGCAGGGUAGGGUUUGAAGUUUGUCUGCAUAUGAUGGGCCAAAUAUCAGGUGUAUGAAUGGGUUUGGCUUCUACUGACUACCUGGGAACAGUUUUCACAAGUCUCUAUGUGGGUCCCUGAGUGUGUACAACUGGCCACAGACAGUGACUGUGAUGGCUAGAACUGAGUCACAGGGCUGCUUUAGGGAGCACAGCUGAGGCCAAGAUAUACAAGCCUGCCUCCAGGGUUAUGGCUGGGUGUGUCUCCCUGCAGGUCUCUUAAUGAGAAGGACCACUUGUGGACUGUAGCUGAGAGGAGUUUGAGAAAGGUUGCAGAACUGCUUCAUAAUCUUCAGUAACACCAGGCUCGAUGUGCCAUUUCCUUGUCUGUAGCCAUGUCUAUGGGCCCUUGAGUUAGCCACCUGGGUAAGGGCCUGCUUUUUCUAAAUAACCCUCCUUGAUCUCUGGCUCCACUGAGGUUUCACAACCCUAACCAUAGGCAAGCAUGUUUCUACUUCUGUUUCCUAGUUUACUACUCAAAAUAUUGUAUGAAGGUGGAAUCAUACACUGUCACUUUGUCGGUGUCUUAUUUCACUUUAAAUAAUGGCUUUAAGAUUUAUUCUUAUUGUAGCAUCUCACAAGAUAUUUUCAUUGAGGGCUAAAGAAUAUUUCAUUGUAUGUAUUAACCACAUCUUUUUAAAUCAUUCAUCCAUUGAAGAAUGUUUGAGUUUUUUCAGUUUUUGGCUUUUGUAAAUGAUAUGGUUUGGAUCUGCAUUUUCAUUCAAAUCUCAUGUCAAAUUGCCAUCCCUAAUGUUGGAAGUGGGGCCUGGUGGGAGGUGGUUGGGUCAUAGGGUUGGCUUCUCACGAAUGGUUUAGCUUAGCCCCUUUGGUACUGUCUUUGACAUAGUGAGUGAAUUCUGAGAUCUCAUUUUUCAAAAGUAUGUGGCACCUCUUCUCUCAAUCUCUCUAACUCCUGCUCCCACCAUGUAAGAUGACUCACCGUCCCUUUGCUUUCUGCUAUGAUUGGAAGCUUUUUGAGGUCUCCCAAGAAGCAGAAGCUGCUGCACUUUCUGUACAGGCUGCAGAACCAUGACCCAAUGAAACUUCCUUUUUAAAAUAAAUUACCCAGGCUCAGGUAUUUCUUUAUAGCAAUGCAGGAAUAAACUAAUACAGUGAAUAUUGCUGCAGUAAACAUGGAUAUGCAAAUAUUUCUUUCAGGUAUACUUUGCAUAUUUUGAAUAGAUGCUCAGAAGUGGGGCUGGGCACCAUGGCUCACCCCUGUAAUCCCAGCACUUUGGGAGGCCAAGGCGGGUGGAUCACUUAAUGUCAGGAGUUCAAGACCAGCCUGGCCAACAUGGUGAAACCCUGUCUCUACUAAAAAUACAAAAAUUAGCCAGGUGUGGUGGUGUGCACCUGUAAUCCCAGCUACUUGGGAGGCUGAGCCACAAGAAUCACUUGAACCCAGGAGGCAGAGGUUGCAGUGAGCUGAGAUCAUGCCACUCCACUCCAGCCUGGGCAACAGUGCAAGUCUCUGUCUCAAAAAAAAAAAAAAAAGGAGUGGGAUUACUGGGUCAUAUAAUAAUUUCAUUUUUAAUUUCUGGAGGAACCUUUAUACAUUUUUCAGAUGGUUGUAUCAUGUUUAUUUCCACCAACAGUACACAAGGGUUUCAAUUCCUUCAUGACAAAUGACAACAUUUGUCAUUGUUUGCUUGAUAUUGGCCAUACUAAUUAAUGCACAAUAAUACCUCAUUGUGGUUUUGCUUUACAUUUUGCUAAAGAUUGGAAAUAUUUUUCAAUAAUUGUUUGCUGUGUGCAUUUCAUCUUUGGAGAACCAUUUUUAUCUUGUUUAUUUGUUAAUGAUGUUACUUACUAUUUGUUGAUUUUCUUGAAGUUUAUUCUGGAUGUUAGCUUCUGUCAAAUAUAUGCUUUUUAAUUUGUUUUCUUAGGUGGGACUCAAGAAAUGUUUAUUUUAAUAUGCAAAGAUAAAUUUAAUGUAGUCCCAUUUUUCUGAGUUUUUUAAUUUGUUGCUCAGAUAUUUGAUGUUGUAUGCAAGGAAACAUUGCUGAGACCAAGGUCAUAAUCUUACUGUAUUUUCUUCUAGAGAUUGUAUAGGUAUAAUUCCAACAUUCAAAUAUUUAACUCAUUCAAGACAGCUUUUGUAUAUGGUUUGGGGGUAGGACCCAACCUCAGUUUUUCCCAUGUAGUUACAGAGUUUUCCAACACCAUUUAUUGAAGAGACUGUCUUUUUCUUGUUGUGCGGUCACAGCAACCUUGUUGAAGAUCAUUUCAGCAUAUACACAAACAUGGUUUGGCUUUAAGUUCUGGGUUCUGUUCCAUCACUAUUUGUCUUCUUUCAAGUACCACACUGUUUUUAUUUAUGUAGCUUUGUAAUCUGUUCUAAACAAAGGAAGCGUUGUGCCUCUAACUUUGUUCUUGUUUUCUAAGAAUGUUCAGGCUAACACUGGUCCUUUGAUAUUCCAUGUAAAUGUAAGAAUUUUAAAAAAGAUUUCUUUAAAAAGUAUCAUUUGGAUUUUCAUCAGGAUUACAUUGAAUUUGAAUAUCACUGUGGGUAGUAUUGUCAUUUAAAAAUAUUAAAUCUUCUGACAAAGAAGAGUAUGUUCAAGAGUCUGUUAAGUUUCACAUAUUUUUGGAUUUGGCAAUUUUGCUUCUGCUUUUGAUUUCUAGUUUGAUUCCAUGUGGUAUGAAAGGAUGCAUUGUGUAAUUGAAUCUUUAAUGCGUACCAGGCUUAAUAAUUUGAUGACAAAAUAAUCUGUACAACAAACCUUCAUGACACAAGUUUACCUAUAUAACAAACCUGCACAUGUAUCUAGGUCUUAAAGUUUUAAAACGUAAGAGUUAUUUUGUGUUCUAACAGGUUGUCUGUGAAACAACAACUACUCAUUUUCUUCUCCACUUAGCCCUGACACAGUUUAGUUUACUUUCUGUUUCUAGCAGUUUAACUACUUUAGGUAUCUUACAUAAGUGGAAUUAUAUAGUAUUUAUCUUUUUGUGCCUGGCUUCUUGCACAUAAAUAAAGUCUCAAAAAUGCAUCCUUAGGCCAGGCACGGUGGCUCAUGCCUGUAAUCCCAGCACUUUAGGAGGCCUGGGUGGGCAGAUCACCUGAGGUCAAGAGUUCGAGACCAGCCUGGCCAACGUGGUGAAACCCUGUCUCUACUUAAAAUACAAAAAUUAGCCGGGUGUGGUUGCAGGCACCUGUAAUCCCAGCUACUUGGGAGGCUGAGGCAGGAGAAUUGCUUGAACCUGGGAGGCAGAGCUUGCAGUGAGCCGAAAUCAUGCCACUGCACUCCAGCCUGGGUAAUAGAGCGAGACUCUGUCUCAAAAAAAAAGAAAAAAGAAAACUUAGUUCUUUCCACAUAUUUGCUUUUGUAGAUGAUGCUACAAUGAAUAUGGAUGAUGGAUGUGUAAAUUACUCUUCAUUUGAUAACAUAUGCAAGGGAUUAUUUACGUGCUCUAUUCCGUUUCACUGGUAUUGUCUUUUUUUGAUCCAGUUAUAAAGUAUUUCAAUUACCAUAACUUUAUAAUAGGUUUUCAAAAUCAGGAUGUAUGAUGCUUCUCAUGUUCCUCUUUUUGACAAUUUUUGAGCACUUCUGGCCUCUUUAGUUCUCAUAUGUCUUUAGGAUUGCUUCUUUCAGUAAUGUAAAAUAUGCAUAGCUGCUGUCAUCCAAAGCAUACCACCUUUUUCUUCAGCACUCUAUGUCAGGGGAGACAAAACCCAUCUUUGACAGCCCCCCAAAAACCAAAAAUGUGGGCACAUAUUCUGCGUUUAUCUUUCUCUCCUGAGGAAGCAUACAGUUGGGAGUUUCUCAUUGUUGACCAUGCUGUAUUGGCAGGAGGUAAGGCUGUGCCGGACAUAAUAAAAUUUUAAUAAAAUUUUUCUUCUACAUGUUUUUGGCAUUUUGCUAAAGUGAAGUAGUACACAGUCUUAAUUAUGUUUUGGAAUUCCCACAAAGGCAAUGUGAUCAAUAUGAUGUUAAGGUCAUAUACCUAUGAAGAAAUGAGGACCAGUGAUUUUUAUUUUUAAGCUUUGCAAUUCAAAUUGAUAUUUUUAUUAUUUUAAUUUUUAAUUUUUGUGAAUACACAGUAGCUAUAUAUAUAUAUAUAUCUGUGGGUUACAUGAGAUUUUUGAUAUGGACAAGAAGUGCAUAAAAAUCACAUCAAGGUAAAUAGGUAUUCAUUAUCUCAACUAUUUGUCCUUUGUUUUACAAUCUGAUUUCAUUCUUUUAUUUAAAAAUGUACAAUUAAAUUGCUUUUGACUAUAGUCACUCUGUUGUACUAGCAACUACUAAAUCUUACUCUUUCCAAUUUUUUUGAACCCAUUAACUUUCCUCACUUCCUCCCAGCCCCCUACUAUAUUUUCUAGCUUCAUGAAAUUAAUUUUUAGCUGCAGCAAAUGCAUCAGAACAUGCAAAGUUUGCCUUUAUAUGCCUGGAUUAUUUCUCUAAACAUAAUGAUCUCUAGUUCCAUAUAUGUUGUUGCAAAUGACAGAAUCUUAUUCUUUUUUAUGAUUGAAAAGUACUCCAUUGGCCAGACGUGGUGGUUCACACCUGUAAUCCCAGCACUUUGGGAGGCCGAGGCAGGCGGAUCACCUGAGGUCAGGAGUUCCAGACCAGCCUGGCCAACAUGGUGAAACCCUGUGUCUACUAAAAACACAAAAACAAGGCCGGGAGCGGUGGCUAGCGCCUGUAAUCACAGCACUUUGGGAGGCCGAGGCGGGUGGAUCACGAGGUCAGGAGAUCAAGACCAUCCUGGCUAACACAGUGAAACCCCAUCUCUACUAAAAAUACAAAAAAUUAGCCGGGCGUGGUGGCGGACACCUGUAGUCCCAGCUACUCAUGAGGCUGAGGCAGGAGAAUGGCGUGAACCCUGGAGGCGGAGCUUGAAGUGAGCCGAGAUCGCGCCACUGCACUCCAGCCUGGGCGACAGAGUGAGACUCCGUCUCAAAAAAAAAAAAAAAAGAAAAGCCAGGUGUGGUGGUGGUCACCUGUAGUCCCUGCUACUUUGGAGGCUGAGACGGGAGAAUGGUGUGAACCCAGGAGGUGGAGGCAGAGCUUGCAGUUAGCCGAGAUCGUGCCACUGCACUCCAGCCUGGGCAACAGGGGGAGACUCCAUCUCAAAGAAAAAAAAAAAAAGUACUC